AGCCAUUUUGGCUCAAGUGGCUUUGUCUGCCUCCGAGGGACUCGUCGCUGUCUUGUUGCACAGGGCCUCGCGCCGAGCGCGCGUGAGGUCAUGGGCUGUCCUGUGAAGUCGUUCGGCGUCGCCACGUUCGGAUUGACUGGGCCCUGGGUCUACUUGUAUCCCGCGUGGUUGAACUCGCUCCCGAACCUUCUUCCAGACUUCUGCAGGGGCUCAGCAUCGACUGCUGUAGCGGGGCCGGGCAGGCCGCGUGCUUGGUGCCCCCUCUUGCGGAGUCGUUGUGGGCGAAGCUGGCCAUCAACCUGACCAUGCUCUUGGCGUGGGUGAUCCCUCACUCCGUGCUCCCUUGCGGCUCUGUGAAGCGCGGGCCCCUGCCCAUCUUCGGGAACGCGUGCUGCAGCAUGUACACAACUCAGAUCCUCGUGGAGCUCUACGCGCUGAUGAUUCUGUGGCAGCCCGUCCUGUCUGAUGUCGAGCCGAUAUGGGAUCUCUCGGAGUACGCGUCGUGGUUUCACGCGUUCCAGUUCUGCAACUGCGUCCUCUUCCUUCACGCGGCCAUCCUCUGCGUCGACAUCAAGGAGCACCUGGGGAUCUACAUGUCCUUCGACCUGAAGGUGCACCAGGGGACCGUCGGGCUCCCCAGCACCGCGCCCGAAGACGCGGCCCAGGCGCCGGUGCAUAUGCUCCCCUUCACCGAGCGCGGGUUCUUUGCCGUCGUCCGACGCCCUAUCAUGCUCUCGUUCAUGAUGCAGUUCUACAUCACGCCCCUGAUGACGUGGAAUCGUCGGGCGUACGUCGUCCCGAGGCACGUCUACGUCGAGUUUGCCACCUUAUUCCUGGAGGAGCGAGACUGCGAUGCCUACCACGUGGAGGUGGUGUAUUAGGACUACAGGAAGCGCGUGGGCGCUCGAAUCCCGCUCCUCGGCAUGCUGCACGCCCCGAAGAAGGAGGACAAGAAGGUCGUCGAGAUCCCGCGGAGUGACGAGAUUCGCCGCUCGUCGUGUCGGUCACGCAGUGGGUGAGGCCCUCUGAGCACUUUUUUUCUGUAUACGGUGGUCCAGGCCAGGAGGGGGCUCCGAGGGCGCCGAGGGCUGGCCUGGGCCUGCCCGCAGCGUCAGCGUCAGGAGGGGGGAGUGCGGGCCGGGUUGCUUUUCCUCGGGUUUAUGUUGGGCCUGUCCCUCUACAGGGGGGCAUUUUUUUUGUUUGUGAAUUUUUCGUCCCAAAUCCGCCUGUAGGGGGACACGCCCGACCUCACCUUAGGUUUUCGUUGGAUUUUCCGACCUUGCCGCGAGUCCAGUGCCAUGUCUCAGAGCACAUCUUUUUUGGGGCUGCCCGAAUGCUAGAUUGGCACGGGUUCAGCCACGCUUUCUGGCACGAUGCAGAUGUUCGGAUCAUCCGUGGCGAUAUUGCUCAGUUGCUCGCCAUCCUGCUUAGAUCCAUGCUGCAGGUUUAGAACGAGUUGUUCCUUGCGCCUGUGCAUUCAGGUAGGGGCGCCAGGUGAGCGGCACGAGGCCCUGUAGGUCAACCCGUGCUUAACGGCACGGUGGCGUACGUAGCGGCUGGACCUUGUAGUCGUUGCCUUCAGAUUAGGUAGGGUUCCCUGCCGCGGAGAGCUACGCUGCAGAGUUGGGCCCCAUCGCCUUACAAUUGUAUGGGGGGAUGGGGGGUAGGCUUGGCCGGGCGGUGCGUCGGUGGGUUCGGAUGGUGGUGGGGAGGUAGACGGCAUUCAUUCGAGCGCUCGGUUGCUUCCUUUGCAACCCGUCGUGGACCGUCCACCUUGAUGUUUUGGCACGAUGCAGGUUGCUCGCCAUCCUGCUUGGGUCCAUACUGCAGGUACAGCCCUCCCGCUCCCCC